AUGGAGCCGGUGGGCAUCAUACUUCUCGUCCUCUUUCUCGUCAUCAUAGUCAUGGGUCCUAUGAGCUUGCGUCAGAAUGAAUGCAAGACGGAAUGCAGCAGAAAAGGUUCACAAUCCCCAACCCCAUCAGAUGGAUACUGCACGUCGCAAGCUCAGUACCGUGACCACUUCCACAAUUCUGCCCCUAGCGAAUGUUCCGGCCACCGAUAUCCUAUAUGCAUCGGCCCUUUGGUUCCGGAGCCAACGUAUACUGUUACUCAAGACCCACGUCCGGUGCUUGAACAUGUUUCAACGGUGACGUCUCACAAGACAACGAGUCAAGCGAAAAGCCAAGAGACAGUCGGACAGACCGAAGAGGUCACCGAUACAAACGACGACGUUCUGACGAUAAAUGCAUGCGGGCAUUCGUUUCACUCGAAAUGUCUCUCGUCAUGGUUUUUGAUCGAUCGAUAUGACUGUCCCGUGUGCAGGGUACCAUACUAUAAAGGAAUUCCUCGACACCAGCAAGCAUUGAAUGUAUCACCUUUCUGGCCAUUUUAUUUCCAGGACCCUUCGUUCGGCAGGGUCCGAGGCAUUUUAUUGGCUAAACUUGACUCUUUCCGGAGCUUUCUCAGCGACCCUUCUGCAGUACCAACAGUCAAGGGCUUGGAUCGAGGAAUCCGACCAACGAUCGUCUUGUUUUCCAGAAGAGCUCCACGAAAAAGCCAAUGCGAAUUACCAGGUGAUGCAGGGGGCAUCACUUGUUCCGUUGCGCUACCAUACAUUCCCGGAAAUAAUGACAGCGAUAGCCCUACUUAUUCGCCCUACAACAUCACAUCCUACCCAGACCAUGCAUGA